AUGGGAAGCAUAUUUGAUAAAAACAAAAUAGCAUCCAUGAUGUUUAGUAAGAAUCUGAAUGAGAUGGCAGAUGCAGAAAUUGGAAAAGUUAUUGGGAAGCCUAUGGGUACUGUGAUGGGCUUACCGUCUACUAUGUCUCACUGCCUUGCGAUUAUAUCGUUUAAAUUUGAAAAAAAAAAACAGCAUAUUGUUGAAAGCUAUUCAAAAAUAAUCUCGAAAACAACAUUCAAUCAAUUCAUUAUGAGAAGGGAAAAUAGUAUAGGAAAGAUUGAUGUAGGGGCCAUUUCAGCAUUGUACCUGAUGAAACAUGGGAUAAGCCUUUACAAUAACAACGAAAAAAUUGUUAUCGUAUUCUUCUGUAUUUAUAUGAUUAAAUUUUAA